CACUAAUUUAUAAAUUUUUUUUCAAUUAUAAUUGUUCAAAUUCAAGUUUUUUUUUUGUUCAAUUCCGUCUAAUAAUGGAUUCAAAAAGAAAGCUAAGUUCUUCAAGAUCAAUCAAAGAGAAGAUGAAGACAUUGAGUGGCUGGGUUGAUGCUAACAUUCAAAAUCAAUUUAUUGUUGAUUCAUAUAUGAAAUUCAUCGAUCAAUUGAACGAUCAUGUCAACAAUUUCGGUCAAAUAAAUUUGGAUCAGAAUCAGUUCAAUCAAAUUCAACAGAAAAUUAAAUCAAUCAAUCAAUUACCAGAGUACAAUGAACCCAUAUUGAUUCAAAAAAUUGAAUUAUCAGAAAAACUUGCCGAAAAAAUUAAUGAAGUUAAAAAAAGAAGAAAAUUAAAUCAAAAUAAUCCAAUUACUAUGGCUUACAAUGAUCUGCGAUUGCUGAAAAAACCGGCCGUUUGUUGUGGCAAAACAUACUCAUCAGCCAGAUGGAUGUAUGCCCAUAUUAAUGUAUCGCAUGAGGAAGUAUUUAUAAUGGAUGACCAAGGUACAUCCAGCGAUUAUUCUAUGCCGAUUGUAGCAGAUCAAGAGAUGGAACAUAUUGACCGAUAUGAUGCUGAUCAUGAAAUGGAACAUAUUGAACAAUAUGAUGAUGAACAAGAAAUGGAACAUAUUGAACAAUAUGAUGAUGAACAAGAAAUGGAACAUAUUGACCAAUAUGAUGAUGAACAAGAAAUUUUUGAUUCAGAAAAUGAAUCGUUAAUUUCAUUGAAUUCCGAAUCUGAAUCCGAUUCCGAGCUCGAUUUGGUCAAAAGUGAGUGCAAACUAAUAAAAGAAACAAAAGACAAACUCAACGAACAAGAAUAUUCAAAAUAUUCAAAACUUGUUCGAAAAAUACUAUCGGCCCGUAUAAAAGAUAAUAUCCCUUUGCCAUCAAUAAUCAGAUUGUUGCCGGAAUUCAUCGAUGGACAAGAAAUGAGAAACAUCCGUCCAUAUCUAGAUAAAAUCACACGAUCAUCAUAUCUACAAUAUGAAUUUAUCAAGACAAUGCCAAAAUUCAUAGAGCCAUUUCAAUGUCAUAUGUUUAAUCGACGGUUUUAUUAUUAUAUUCCAAUCAAAAAUAUAAUUCAAAAUUAUAUUUUAAAUGAAGAAUUAAUUGAACUAAUUGAACAAGAAAAUGAUGAAAAUGUAAGCGAAUAUAUAAAAUUGAAUGGUUUCCAUAAAAAACUUCGUCUAACUAUAUAUGGUGACGAAUUUGGAAUUACGAAUCCAUUACGAGAAUAUGCUAAAAAAUAUAAAGUUUACUGCUUAUAUCUCGAUAUCGGCAAUCAUCAUCAACCAACAACAAAAUCAAAAAACAUUCAUUUAUUGAUGAUUUGGUCAGUACACGACCAAAAAUUGGCCAAAAAAAGUUACGAAGAGAUAGUAAAGCCUCUGUGUGAGGAUAUUCUAGAUUUAGAAAAAAAUGGAAUAACGUUUUACUCUGGUGAAAUCAAAAAACGAAUAAAUAUAUGUCUAGCCCACAUUGUUGGCGACAAUCUGGCCGUAGCGGAAUUGCUUGGCUUAACAAGAUCAUUUGGUCGAGCUUUCGUAUGCCGACACUGCGGAGCUCGUUAUUGUGAUUUGAAUAGACAAAAUUAUCAAGGGCCAAUGGCCAUCCAGAAGUCUUUUGAAGAAUACAAUGACGAAUUAAUAUUACUGACAACCAACAAAAAAUAUAUAAGUCCUUUCGGUAUUCGGAAGCCAUCUGCCUUCGCCGCACUUAAGAUUAAUGUAUAUCAAAUCGCACCUGUUGAUCCAUUCCACGAUUUUGCCGAGGGUGUUGCGUCGUUGAUUGGUGAAAAAACACUAAAAUUAUUGAAAAAUCAUCUUAAUUCCAGUCAAUUAAAAAAUCGAUUAAAGUCAAUAAAAAUGAUAAAUGGCAACAUAGAGAUCAAUGUGGAGCAUUCCGAUUUGAAAAUAAGAGGAAAAGGCUCCCAAAAACUGGAAUUGAUCAUGAGAAUGAUUGAAAUAUUUCCAGAAAUGAUCGAAAAUAAACCAAUGUUCGACUUAUAUAUUGCUACAAAAAAAUUCAUCUUUUUGAUGUAUUCAUUUUCAGCGGUAUAUAAUCAAGAGAUGGAGAAUAUAGUCAAAAAUUUCGUUCAAAAAUGUCUUGAAAAUGAGAUCAGCAUACCGAAACUUCACUUCAUUAGCCAUUAUCCAUUGUUAUUCAAAUUUUAUGGCCCACUGAAGUAUUUCAGUACCGAAAGGUAUGAACGCAAACAUUGUCAAUUGAAAAAUUUUAUGCAAACAUCGAAAAAUCAUAAAAAUGUGCCAUAUUCAAUCGCACAAAGACAUCAAUCGGCUCAACCAUUUGAAACGGAAAUCGAAUAUGAAAACGGCGAUUUGCCAUCAACCAGUCAUCCGUUUCCACUCAGAAAGUCUAUAGUUAGACCUCUUCUGAAUGAAGAAAAUCUUUUUAUUGAGGCCAAAAAAUUCAAAGUCAUUGAUAAUAAAAUAAUGGUCAAUGGUAAAUUAUUCAAUACAACACCACACGAUCCAGAUUUCAUAAUUUUUAAAUGUGAAAUCAUCAAUGAGAAUUUCUCAAUUCCAUUCGAACAAAUAGAUCAUAAUAAUUCAUUUUUGUUUAAAACUAAAGAUUCGUCAAAUAUUUCAUCAUCAUUUAUUAACUAUACUAUCAAAAAAUAA